AUGCACCCCCGGCUAUCCCAAGACACGGACGAGCUGCACAAAGUCCGCUCCCCCGUCGAUAGCGACGACUGGCAGGGCGACUACGAGCAGGAGGAGACCAAGAGCAGUUGGUUCCUGUUCUUGCUGACCUUGGGUGGUCUGGGUCUGCAGAUUGGAUGGUCUGUCGAGACGUCCAACGGCUCGCCCUACCUGCUGUCUCUGGGUCUCAGCAAGUCUAUGCUUGCGCUUGUUUGGAUUGCCGGUCCUCUAUCAGGUGCACUGGUCCAGCCGUACGUCGGAAUGAAGAGCGACAACUGCCGCAUCAGCUGGGGCAAGCGACGGCCCUUCAUUAUCGGCGGUGCAGCCGCUACCAUCGUCUCCUUGAUGGUCUUGGCCUGGGCCGCUGAGCUCAUGGGUGGCUUUCUCGGCAUUUUCGGUGCCGACCGAGAGGGCGAAUUCGUAAAGAACAGCAUCAUGUUCUUCGCCGUCCUGUUCGUCUACGUGCUGGAUUUUGCCAUCAACGUCAUCCAAGCUGGAAUUCGAGCAUACAUCGUCGACGUUGCCCCUACUCACCAACAGGAAGCCGCAAACGCCUGGAUGAUUCGCGCUUCCGGCGUGGGCAAUAUCAUGGGCUAUCUCGCUGGAAAAGCCGACCUUCCCAGAUACUUACCCUUCUUCGGCUCCAGCCAAUUCAAGGUGCUCUGUGCCCUUGCAUGUAUCAUCAUGGCUAUUACAGUCGGCAUAAGCUGCGCCUGUGUCUCGGAACGUGACCCCACCUUCGAAGGGCCCCCGACGCCUCAGGAAGGGCUCCUUCACUUCUUCUCGUCCUUAGCUCGCAGCGUACGCUCUCUUCCUCUCCAGAUCAAGAGGGUGUGCCAGGUCCAGUUCCUCGCCUGGAUCGGCUGGUUUCCGUUCCUAUUCUACAUCACGACAUACAUUGGCGAUCUUUACUUCGACGAGGAAUACGAGAAGAACCCCAACAUGACCGACCAGCAGAUUACCGAUGUUUUGGAAGAAGGCACCCGUGUUGGCACAGGUGCCCUUCUCAUCUUCGCCAUCACCACCUUCGCCGCCUCCAUCUUCCUCCCAUUCAUCAUCCCACCCACGUACACCGCUCCUAAGGCAGUAGGCGGCGCAACAACCCCUAUGACGCCAAUGACACCUGGUACGCCCGGUGGACUCGCAGGCUCAGGCUACUUCUCCCUCAAAGAAACCAGCCGAAGCUCCCGGCAAUCUAAGAGCUUGUCGGAGCGCCUCGCUGCGUACAGCACCAUCUUCCAGAUCCAGAGUCUCACGCUACGCCGCGGGUGGUUCAUCUCGCACCUAAUGUUCGCAGCCCUAAUGGUCGCUACUUUCUUCGUCCGCGGCACCACCUCCGCCACUGUUCUCGUCGGCCUCAUCGGCAUCCCCUGGGCGCUCACCAACUGGGCACCCUUCGCGCUCCUCUCCUCAGAGAUCUCCAAGCGCGACGCCAUGCGCCGCGGCCUCCUGCGUCCAGACCCAAGCGACCGCGAAGCCUCUCGAAUUGCUGCCGGUGAAGACGACGCCGCGGAAACGGGAGCCGAUCAAGCGGGUGUCAUAUUGGGCAUUCAUAACGUCGCUAUUGCGGCGCCGCAAGUCAUUGCCACGCUGUUCAGCUCGAUCAUCUUCAGGCUGCUGCAGAAACCGCGAGGAACCCCGGGCGAUAACAGUGUAGCGUGGGUGCUGCGGUUCGGCGGACUCUGUGCGCUCGUUGCCGCCUGGCUUACGCUGCGUGUAGCGGAGGAAAAGGAGGAUGCUGACGACAUCAUCUCUAGGCGGAGACGUCCGUCGUAA